UUUUUAGGUGUCUUGGGUGUUCCUGAAGGGGUCCACUUUUUUUUUCUUUUUCUUUUUUUCUUUUUUAGUGAGGGAGAAAAAACGUUUUUUGAUAAGUACUUUGGAUUAUCGGAGAGCGUUUUCAGCAGGACUGGGUGCUCGGAGGACCCACAGGACUGCUAAAACACUUAAAGGCAUCGCAGCUGGGACUGUCAGAAGAAGUCAAUCCAGGGAGAUCUCUGCUCCGGCGUUAUUGCACGAAGUGCAAAUCCAAUCGGCUUCAGCAUGGCCCAUUCUCCUGUACAGGGUAACCUGCCCGGGAUGCAGACUACCAGAGUGGACCCGGAGGAGCUGUUUACCAAGCUGGAGCGCAUCGGCAAAGGCUCCUUCGGCGAGGUGUUUAAAGGCAUCGACAAUCGCUCGCAGAAGGUCGUGGCCAUCAAGAUUAUCGACCUGGAGGAGGCGGAGGAUGAGAUCGAGGACAUCCAGCAGGAGAUCACGGUGCUGAGCCAGUGCGACAGCCCCUUUGUCACCAAGUACUACGGCUCCUACCUGAAGGACACGAAACUAUGGAUCAUUAUGGAGUAUUUAGGUGGAGGCUCAGCCUUAGAUCUGAUGGAGCCCGGCGCUCUGGAUGAGACCCAAAUUGCCACAAUCCUCCGAGAGAUCCUCAAGGGCCUGGAGUACCUGCACUCUGAGAAGAAGAUCCAUCGAGAUAUCAAAGCUGCCAAUGUGCUGCUGUCUGAACAAGGAGAGGUGAAGUUGGCAGACUUCGGCGUGGCUGGCCAGCUGACGGACACGCAGAUCAAACGCAACACCUUCGUGGGCACGCCCUUCUGGAUGGCCCCCGAGGUCAUCAAGCAGUCGGCCUACGAUUCCAAGGCUGACAUCUGGUCCCUCGGCAUCACGGCUAUCGAGCUGGCGAAAGGCGAGCCCCCCCACUCAGAGCUCCAUCCAAUGAAGGUGUUAUUCCUCAUCCCAAAGAACAACCCACCCACGCUCGAGGGCAACUACAGUAAACCUCUAAAGGAGUUUGUGGAGGCCUGUCUCAACAAAGAACCCAGUUUUUUAAGUAUGCUCUUUUCUUUUUUUUUUUUUUUUUGUAGGCCGACUGCCAAAGAACUGCUGAAGCAUAAGCUGAUCGUGCGCCAUGCGAAAAAGACCUCCUACCUGACCGAGCUGGUGGACAAGUACAAGAGGUGGAAAGCAGAACAGUCCAGAACAGCAGAGUCCAGUUCCGACGAGUCCGACUCGGAGCAGGAUGGCCAAGCAUCUGGAGGGAACGACUUUGGGAGUGAUGACUGGAUCUUCACAAUCCGGGAGAAGGACCCCAAGAAGCUGCAGAACGGGGAGGGGCAGUCGGGGGUUACAGACCAGACAAAAGACAUUCCAAAGAGGCCUUAUUCACAAAGCCUGUCCACGGUCAUCUCUCCAGCGUUAGCUGAGCUGAAAGCACGGCAGGAGCAGGUCAACGGGAACCCCAUGGUCCUGGACGAGCUGAGGGAGGCCAUCCUGAUGGCUGAAGAGGCCUAUCCCGGUAUCUCGGAUUCGCUGGUGGCUCACAUGGUGCACAGACUCCAGAGUUUCUCCACAAGCAGGACAUCUUCCUCCUCCCCAUAGUGAUUGGUUCUCUACCCCAGACCUGCUGCCCCAGGCCCUCUCCCCGUGCCCCCUAACAUAACACCAACGCCCUACCCAGGUCAGAGGCUUAAAAAGACAGGGGUGAAGUUAUUCAGUGCCAGCUGGCAGCAUUUGACCUCCAUGUCAGGGGAGGUGCGCAAACCUAGCCUGUAUUUUUGUAAAACACACAAUAAAAAAAAAAGUUUUAAAAAAGCUCAAACUUCAGUGGCAGAGCAGGAAGCUACUUUGGCGAGCGGCGACGGCGACCGGACGCCGCAGAGCCCACCCAAAGGGCCGCGGCGGGAGCCGAGCGGGCGGGCGGGCAGCCGGAGCAGCAGGUCAGGCUCCGGGCUCCGCACGCCACAGGAGCCCAGACCCCUCCUCCUGGAUCCAACAAGACUUUCCAGCCUCCCCUUCAAACGCAGGCACCAUAACCGCCCCCCCCCCCACCCCCACCCACCCACACCGGACCGCUGACAACGUGCUUGACUAACCCUGCAGGGAUGGCGUCUUUGUCUACAAGCCGUGUGAGUGGUCACCUGCGAGCGUGCGUGCGUGCAUGUUUCUCUAGCGUAUGUUACAAAACUCCCUGUUCUAGGUCAAACUGCAGCAUUCUUAAAGAAACCUCAGGUAAAGCGCUUUGAGUGGACUUUAGUCCUCCAAGGCACGGGGGGG